CUCUGAUCUGCUCCAACCACAAUCUUGUGUUCUUGUUAAGACUUAUACAUGUUUUAGCCUGCUGUGCAUCAAGUUUGCAGUGAGAGUUUAUUUCCUUUGCAACACCAGGAAACGCAAAGCAAAAAAGAAAAAAUAUCAGCCUGUUUUUUUUUUUUUGGAGAGCUGACAGUUUGGUCCUUGGAGAACAGUUACUGCAAUCUCAGGCUCUGUUUCUCACAGAAGAUGUUUGCAGAUUACACAGUGUGGGAUCGGUUGGAGAUCACUGUAUAUGAUCAUUCGCUGUAGUGUGCUGCUGGACAAGUAUUGCUUUAGGAAGUCUUGUACUACUUAGUAGCUAAUCACUUUCUCUCCGGCUGCUGGAGCAUACAGUUAUUUUAUUCUACUUUCUCGUAGACAAGAGCUCUACCAUGUGCUGGAUUUUUACAGUGUUCAUCUGUCUACUGGCAGCCAUCCUUAGGAGUGGAGAUGCUUUUAACGUGGAUGUGAAGAAUGGAUUAUCAUUUAGUGGUUCUGUCGGUGAUAUGUUUGGAUAUACUGUUCAGCAAUUUCAGAAUGAGGAAGGAAAAUGGGUGCUCAUUGGUUCACCCCUGGAGGGACAACCAGCUCGCAAGACCGGAGAUGUGUACAAAUGUAAAGCAGAUGGUCAAUCAAAAUGCAUGAAGAUUGACUUGCCAAAAUAUACUACCAUUGCCAAUGUUACAGAGGUGAAAGACAACAUGACCAUGGGAUCAACUUUAGUCACGAAUCCUAAAGGUGGAUUCAUGGCCUGUGGACCACUCUAUGCAUACAGGUGUGGAAGCAUGCACUACACAACUGGAAUUUGUUCAAAUGUCAGCUCUAAAUUUGAAGUUUUAAACUCAAUUGCCCCUGGAGUUCAAGAAUGUACAACCCAGCUGGAUCUGGUGAUAGUUCUUGAUGGAUCUAAUAGUGUUUUUCCUUGGCACAGUGUGAACACAUUUUUAAUAAAACUUUUGAGCGGAAUGGACAUUUCUCCAACACAAACUCAAGUCGGCAUUGUUCAGUAUGGAGAACGUGUGGCUCAUGAGUUCAAUUUGAACACACACUCUUCCACAAAGAGUGCACUGGAUGCAGCCAGAAAGAUAACACAACUAAGAGGCAAUAUGACCCUCACGGCUCUUGGUAUUGAAAAAGCAAGAGAGGAAGCUUUCAGUGAAGAAAGAGGUGCACGGAAAGGAGUUAAGAAGGUUAUGUUGGUUGUAACAGAUGGUGAAUCUCAUGAUGGUUAUCGAUUGCCUAAUGUCAUUGCUGAUUGCGAAAAAGAUGGCAUUGAAAGAUAUGGUGUUGCUAUUCUUGGUUACUACAACAGAGGAAACAUAAGUACAGAAAAAUUGGUUAAUGAGAUUAAAUCUAUUGCAAGUGACCCAAAAGAGAAACAUUUCUUUAAUGUGUCGGAUGAGUUGGUUCUUUCAACAAUUGCGGAAUCACUGGGAGAACGGAUAUUUGCUCUUGAAGCUACAACAGAACAACAGACAGUGUCAUUUGAAAUGGAAAUGUCUCAGUCUGGAUUCAGUGCUCACUAUUCUAAGGACUGGGUGAUGCUUGGUGCAGUUGGAGCCUACGAUUGGAAUGGGACAGUUGUCAUGAUGAAAUCUGAUGACGUUGUCACCCCAGGGAAUAAUUCAUUUCACACUGGAAGAGAAGAUCGAUAUGAGCCUCUGGCAGCCUACUUAGGAUAUACUGUAACUUCUGCUUCUGUGAAAGGAGGAGAAAUCUACAUUGCAGGACAGCCUCGAUACAACCACACGGGUCAGGUUAUCCUUUAUAAAAUGCACGGACGAGAAAUCAAUAUUAUUGGCACAUUAAAUGGAGAACAGAUUGGGUCUUAUUUUGGAAGUGUCCUCACCACAGUAGAUAUAGAUGGAGAUUCUGUCAGUGAUAUUCUUCUGGUUGGCGCACCGAUGUUUAUGGGAGCUGAAAAACAAGAACAAGGAAAAGUGUACGUCUAUAGCAUUCAGGAGGAGACUUUUAAGCAUGAGAUGAGUUUGGAGCCCAUGAACCAAACCUGCAGACAAGAAGCGGAAAAUGAACCCUGUGGGGCUCGCUUUGGAACGGCUAUUGCAGCUGUGACAGAUCUCAACCUGGAUGGCUAUAAUGAUGUAGCUAUAGGGGCUCCUCUAGAGGGAGAUCACAGAGGAGCUGUGUAUAUUUAUCAUGGAAGUGGAAAAACAAUAAAAAGGGACUAUGCUCAGCGUAUUCCAUCAGGCGGAGAUGGGAAAAAAGUCAAAUUUUUUGGUCAGUCUAUUGAUGGUAAAAUGGACUUGAAUGGGGAUGGACUGACGGAUGUAACAAUUGGAGGUCUUGGAGGAGCUUCUCUGUUUUGGUCUCGAGAUGUUGUAGAAGUGACAGUAGCAAUGCGUUUCCAGCCAGACACCAUCAACAUGGAAGUAAAGAAUUGUGAGAUCAACAACAGAAAUACUGUGUGCAUCCAGGCAAUGUAUUGCUUCAGAAUAGACCUUAAAUCUGCUGGAAACAAGCAGGAAAAUUAUGAUCUGGAGUACAAAAUCACACUUGACUCACAUCGUUUUCUAUCUCGAAGUCUUUUCAUUAAAUCCAACGGAAGAGAUGCACAAGGUGUAGUCUCUAAAAGUGGCGAAUGUGUAAACCAUGAUUUCUAUAUGGUGGAAAAGCCAGAUUUUUUGAAUUCUGUAAAUAUUUCUGUUGAGUUCAAUUUUAAAGAUCCAGAAAAAGGCCCAGUUCUCAACAAUGAGCAGCCAAGGAUUAUAAAUGAAUAUAUCCCAUUUACCAUGGACUGUGGUACUAAAAAAACAUGUAUCAGUGACCUUGUUCUAGAUGCUCAAUUAAGUGUGGAUGAGCAAAGCUUUGAUGAGAUGAUUGUACAGCAUGGAAGGGACAGAUUUAAUGUCACCAUUACUUUGAAGAAUAGUGGUGAUAGUGCCUAUAAUUCCAGGGUAUUAAUGAAAUAUACUCCCAAUAUUAUAAGGGCUAAAACAGAGGACAAGCCAGGAGUAAGCUGUGAUGAAUCUGGUGAAGACUUCUUAUGUAAGGUUGGAUACCCCUUUUUAAAGAAGAAUGACAAGAUAACUUUCACAGUAACAUUCCAGUUCAAUGUGUCGCACCUCCUGGAUAGAGUUUCAAUAUUUAUUAAUGCAACAAGUGACAGUGAUGAGAAGAACAAUACCUUACAUGACAACAGAAGAGACCUUUCUUUUUCAGUGAGAUAUGAAUCCGGACUGACCUUUACUGGUUCUGCAAAAGAAAUCAGUGUUAUUAUUGCUGCCAAUGACUCCAUACCUGCUCAGAUUAACUCAACUGAUUUCAUCGGGCCUGAAGUCAAUCUGAAUUAUUUGAUUAAGAAGGAUGACUACAUUCCUAUGCCAAGGGUUACAUUUCAUCUUUCAUUCCCGUAUACAACUCCAGAUGGCAACAUUCUCCUUUAUGUGACCAAUAUGUCAUUUUCUGAUAAUGUGAUAUGCAAUGUGGAUCAGCUUUUGGAUCCUCUAAAUAUAUAUUCAGGAACAAAAUAUGUCCUGCAAAAGUUUGAAGAAAAUAUAAAAGAUACAAUAAUGGACUGCAAGAGAAUGAAGUGCUCUUCAUUUAACUGCACUGUUGAGCCAUCUGACAGCACACACAUCAACAUAUCAUUAAGAAUAUGGAAAUCAACUUUCAUUAAGGCCAGUAUCCACAGCUUGAAUCUAGUUUUAAAUGCUGCACUGAAAAGUGAGAAUGAAGUACUUAUUUUAAGGAAAGACAGUGAAAAUUAUGAGACGAUGAUUAAACUAUCUAAAGAGUUGGAGUAUGGGAAGGUACCAAUCUGGGUCAUUCCACUAAGCAUUAUUAUAGGUUUACUUAUAUUAGCACUCAUCAUUUUUGCAAUGUGGAAGCUUGGAUUUUUCAAAAGACCACUGAAGGAGAAAAUGGAAAAAUGAGAAGAAACUUUAAUUUUACAGAACAUUCAGUGAAUACUUGAACGGUGACUCAGGCUUAUUUGUAAAGGAAUACUGAAAUGAAAAUUACGUUGUUUGAUUCUUACAUUUUUUUAAAGACAGCUUUAUUGACUAAG